AUGAAGGAGACAUGCACCGGUCCAGAGCAAGAGUACCUUGAGAGGGAGAAAUCUGCUGCCGAGCGAGAGGGAUAUCUGCACCAAAAACAGCGAGGAUACCUGAAAGGGACGGAUGCCAGCAGGAAAGGUGGGGAGAAGAGGCAAAGUGCGGAGAGAGGGGUUUUUGGGAGGGAAGGAGUGAGGGAAGGGGAUACUGUCUGGGUUCCGGAUUGUGAGGCUGAUAUUUUUGAUACGGGGAGUUGGCCGGGGUGUAGAUUUGGGGGGAAAGAGAAAGAGGACGUGAUUAAGAGGGGGAAGAGGUUUGGUGAGGAAGAGCGUGAUAGAGCGUUUGGUGAAGAAACCGGAAGGCAAAAGAGUUUGGCAGCGAAAGGCAGUAGAUUCACAAACGCAAAUUCAACACCCCGAGAAGACGCUCCAUUCAGCGGAUACGCCGACCAACACACCACCCUCCGAAAUUCGCCCUACGGUACCACAUCAAAUCACACACCUCCCGUGAUAGACUGCGGACCCGUGAGGGUUUCGACGGAAGAAGAUACGGGCGUCACACGACCACUACAAAUUCCACAAAGUAAAGUUGGGGAUCUGGAGGCUGCGAAGAGGGAUUGGAGGUUUGAGAGGGGAGGGAUGUGGGGGGGAAGGGGGGAGGGGACGGGAGAGGGGAGGGGAGAGGAGAUGGGAGAGGGGAGGGAUUUGAUGAGUGGUGGGAGGGGAGAGGGGAGUGAUUUGAUGAGUGGUGGGAGGGGAGAGAGUAGUGGUGCUGGAGUGGAUAAUGCGCUGGAUCCUGGAUUGAAUGCUAGGUUGAUUGCUUUGCGAAGUGAUCAGGGCUCAAGUAUUCAGCAGGGUUUGAAUGUCGCUCGAGAUUCCAACAAUCCGCUGGGCUCGCACAGCUCACCCAGCUCCCAUAAUGGCAUCAAUGCUGGUCUUACUGCUGCCGGAGGAAAUCGAGUCACAAAAGCGAAAUACGAAGUUCUCGAAGGCAAAAGUACCGACAUUGGAUGGGGAAUUGUACAUUUAUAUCGAGAUGGAGAGGAAACUCCUGGAUUACGAUCGAAACCUGAGAAUCUCCCAAUACCAGCUGGAGAUACGGCGCCGCCAUCUGUUGCGGGACUCAGGAUGAAAGAUGAUGUUGAUACAGAGAUUGAAGAUUGUACAACUCUUUGUAUACCUGCUGUUCCUAGUUAUCUCACACCUAGUGAUUUUCUAGGCUUUGUUGGGGAGAAGACUAGGGAGCAGGUCAGUCAUUUUAGAAUGGUUAUGACGGGACGAAUGAAUCGAUAUUUGGUACUUAUAAAGUUUAGAGAUAAUGGGGAGGCUAGACGGUGGAGAGCUGAGUGGGAUGGGAAGGUUUUUAAUAGUAUGGAGCCAGAAACAUGUCAUGUCACAUUCAUCAAAUCAAUAACCUUCCAAACCCCAAACUCCACCCGCCCAAACACAAGUUACCCAGAACUAUCCCACGACCCAUUCAAACCUUCAACCUACCCCAAACCCUUUCCCCCACCAACCCCGAAUCUAAUCGAACUCCCAACCUGCCCCGUCUGCCUCGAACGAAUGGACGACACAACCGGCCUUCUAACCAUCCUCUGCCAACACGUCUUCCACUGCACCUGUCUCCAAAAAUGGAAAGGCUCAGGCUGUCCCGUCUGUCGGCACACCAACCGACUCCUCCCCUCCCCCACUGACCCUCCCUUCGGCACCAUCACCCACCUCUGCACCAUCUGCGACACGCCCAAUGACCUCUGGAUCUGUCUCAUCUGCGGCAACGUCGGCUGUGGUCGCUACGCCGGCGGCCACGCAAAAGAACACUGGAAAGACUCUGCCCACAACUUCAGUCUCGAGAUCGAAACCCAACAUGUCUGGGAUUACGCGGGGGAUUGCUGGGUUCAUCGUCUUAUUAGGGGGAAGGGCGAUGAUAAGAUUAUGGAAUUGCCUUCUUCGUCGCGCGUUGAGGGGGAGGGGGAGGGGGAUUUGGUGCCGAGGGAGAAGUUGGAGGGGAUUGGCAUGGAGUAUACACAUCUUCUUACCUCACAACUCGAGUCUCAGAGGAUUUACUACGAAUCCCUCCUCUCCCAAGCUGUCUCCAAAUCCGCAGCCGCGUCUACCGCUGUUGCUACGGCCUCGGAAUACCUCGCGUCCACCCAGGCUCAACUUGAUGCUCUGAAAGCAGAACACGAAACCCUGAAAUCAGACACGCUCCCGAACCUCGAAAAAGAGCUCGCGCGCGAAAAACGCAAGGCGGAGAAAUCGGCCGAGAUGGCACGCGCGUUCGGGAAGCAAUUAAAGGAGGAGCGGAAAGUGAGUGAGGGACUCAUGGAGCGGAUUGGGUGGCUGGAGGAGAGGAUGGGGGAAAUCAAAAGGGAGGUGGGGGUUGUGAGGGGGGAGUUGGAACAGGAGAGGGAGGUUAAUAGGGAUUUGAUGUUUGCUUUGGGGGCGGGCGAGAAGUUGAAGGAGAUGGGUGAGGAGGUGGAGGGUGGGAGUGUGAUGGUACCUCUUCCGCCGCCGAGUGAGGGGAAGGGUGAUGGGAGGAAGGGGGGGAAGGGGAAGGGGAGGAAGUGA